GAAACCAGCCACCCAUUGAAUUGCGGCAGCCGGCGAUGAGGACCUCUAGUGGAAACCACGGUCCUUUCCUUUCCCACCUCCUCAACCCCACUCCAUCCCUCAAAGCCAAGGCCCGCUCCUUCUUCCCAGCAGCGAGCAGCAGGACUUGGAGACGGAGAAGCCUCCUGCUUUCCCUCCCUCUCUCCAUCCUCCUCUCCACCCCAACCUCCGCCGCCGCCCCUGCCCCCUCUUACGAUCCCCUCUCCGAUUCCGAGAAGAACGCCAGCGCCGCCCUCUCCGGCCGCGUCUCCGACGCCACCCAACUCCUCGACCUCGCCCGCGACUUCCAGGCCAAGGGCGACUUUCCCCAAGCUCUCGACUACUUUUCUCUCGUGAUUAGAGAUUACAAGGACUUCGCGUUCUCGGAGUAUGCGAGAGUUGGAAGGGCAUUAGCGCUAUAUGAGAUCGGAGACAGAGAGGAAGCAAUCGCCGAGAUGGAGGAUGUCUCCAUUUCAUUGAAAGGAUACCCUGAGAUUCAUGCAGCUCUUGCCGCGGCGUUGUAUGCGGACAAGCAUGCACCAUUGCUGGCCGAGAACCAGUUCGCAAUCGCCACUCUUUUGGAUCCUCACUAUACUGAUCUUUCAUAUGUAAGAGAAACUAAGCAUUGGCCUCCAAGCUUGGUCAGUUCCUUGCAACACUUCAUCACCCUUACUUAGGAAUUUCUUAAUUGUAUGUGUUUUAUUUAAUGAUAUGGCAAUUUGUGUUUGUAAAUGGACCACCAUGUAUGGUGGUAAUCAACUGAUUUUUUAAGAUAUCAGACUUCCGUUGGAUGUUAUUACAGUUGAACUUUUAAUUCAUCUUUUUAACAA